CUUUCCUCCAAUGCCAUGAUGAAUGCAAUACUUACUACAACUCGAGCUAGCUUGUAGAUGAUAAGGAUUUAAGAUAAUCUACUUUACCUUUACCAGCGUUUGAUUCUGCUAGCCAAUUUCAAAGGCAAAUACCGCAAAUCCAAAAUGCACUCAGCAUCGGCAUCGCAGGUGGGCACGACCACCAAAGCCAGGACGAGAAAGCUGAGGCUGAGUACGAAAGGCAUCCUGAGGAUGAGGUCGCCCGCCUCAAGCUUCAUCAACAUCGACAAGAUCAUCACCUAUCUCCAAAGACUUCGCCUUUUGCAGAUGAUCCUGUUGCAUUCGUGUCUCUGCGCCUUUGCCUUCGCUUCUAAGAAUGUAACGACGAGAAGUUACACCUAUCCAACAGCGCCGAACUUGUUUUUGCAGCCCGUCUACGUUUCGGCAUCUGGCGACACGGCCCCUGUCGUGGAAGAACUUCCGGUAGGGGUCGUUUUGUCGGCUCCUUUCGAGACGACAACUUCAUCUUCUAGUAGAACAAGUAGUAGUAAAAGCAUUACUACGAGAAAUUAUGAUGAAGAUGAUGAUGAACAAAAGAACUCUGGAGUAGUUGCCAGUGCAACGGCGUUUUUAGAUGUCAAGAGAACCUCAUUGUCUUCUGCAACAGACCAAGAACCACAACCACAACUACUUCAACAACAAGAACGUGGACGUGGACAUUACAAAUACAAUUUUCCAAUCACGAUUAAACCGCCAAACGCUGCUGGUGUAACUAGCACGUCAGCAGCACAGUUUCUGCGACAAGAUCCGUGCUACAACUUCUGCGAUGUAGUUAGAGGAGACAAAACUAGCGGUGGACCUGUUUGCCAAGCUCGCGAGAAUGCUCAAGACGGAGAUGGGAACGAGUUUUGUAAGGCGAAUUGCCGACCGCUUUUUCCCCAUGUUGAGAUUGUCGGAGUAAGGAAAACCACAUCAACAUCAUUGAUACAAAUGCAACCAUCAACUUCUUCUAGUAACAAGUGCGCUUCGGCUCUCAUCUGGUCAAGAGAAGACGAAGUAAAGACAGGUACUGCGGUCGGAAAAGGACACUACGCUUAUAUCGCAGAUUUGCCGUAUUUGGGACCACGGGAUCAUCGGGUCGACACCGCCAUAGCCACUGUGACCUUCGAGGACCAGCAGCAGCAGCAGCAAAAGCAGCAGCACCAGCAGAAGCAGAAGCAGCAGUCUUCCUUGGCUAUCACGCCAACAGUAGAAGCAGCUUCUGCGCGGAGUUCCCUGCACAAGCAAAAAGAAGCAGCAAGUCCUUCAAACCCUCCUCAUACUCCUAGUAGUACCGCUACCGGUGGUACUACGGCAGUGUCAGUGAAGAGUAACAACAUUGACAAUGAGCAGCCGCGGCAGGGAGAACAGGAAAAGGUCCCACCUCCUCCUUCUUCACACAUUGUAGUGAAGUCCCAGCUAGUCUUCCCUUUGUUCGGCAUCACAUCGAGACCGAUUCAAUUACCGUGGAGAGUACUGAAUGAAAUCAAUAUCCUGGAAAACCUUCCCCCCCAUCCACACGUGGUUUCGCUCUUGGGUACACGCAUUGGAUUCGGCACAGGGGUACCCAUGCCAGGCGAAGGAGACAGGACUCGGUCUACUCAGUGGGAACCUGUCUCAUCCUCCUUCUCAACUAUGAAACUUCCCGAGAGGUAUCCGUCUAGUGCAAAGGAUUUUUCGCGAGACGAGAUAAACCAAGUGCCGCACGUCCACACACUGAUGCCAAAGCUUCCUGGUGGAACGCUAUCCGACCGAAUCAAGGCGCCAGGUACCAAGAUUCAGGACACUUUUUCGAUGGUGUACUUGCCUUCGGUGCGUGGCGUACUUUUAGGUCUUCUUCAUCUGGAUGAUCACGGUGUCGUGCAUCGCGAUCUGAAGCCACAAAACGUGGCUUUUUUGCGGGAGACGAGUCUGCGAUCUUAUCAUUUCACUGGGAGACAGUCGAUAGCCCAGGCGCAUCCUUGGCCUUCGCCUUCAACAGACUCCUGCCACCAUCAUCAUCGUCGCCACCUGGUUUUGCCUGCAGGAUUCUGCAGCCCACAUCUAAAAUAGCUACUUAACAUAACUUAACUAUAUACUUAACCUAGCUAGGUUAAAUAUCUUAACAAAAAUUUUUGAUUUUUGAAUGCGAGUACUGUUUUAUGUGCAAUACAUCGUCAACUACAGCUACUGAUACGCCGCAUCCUGUCCUCCUGGACUUCGGCAUGGCGUCCAUCGGCGAGAACAGCGACAAUGGCAACGACAUUGUCGUUGAAGCGUAUUACCGCCCACCGGAACUACGCACAGUGGCUUCGAGCUUAGCACAUAUGAAGGAGAUGCAACGUCAACGUUAUAGCACAAGAGUCGACAUUUGGAGCGUGUGCUUCCUUUUUACGCGCAUGCUUGAGAUGCUAUUCGUGUUGUCACCGGAAGUGUACCCAGCAGCUACAAAAGGAAAUGAUCCGUAUCUCCAAUUUGUAGCACCACCAGCACAGCCACGCUUAGAGGAGCUUCGUUCCAUGAACAAUAUCGAAGAUGGGGAUGUACUCGAAUCUGACUCCCAGACGAGUUUCAAGCUUCUUGGAGGUCUGGAGAGCAGCUGGCUCGCCCCGCCGGCCACUGACCGCCCUUCAGCUGGUCCCUUUUUUUUCGAAGCGAACGGGCUCUUUCAUUUUUUUCACGAGGGAGACGACGAGCUGAGGAAUCCGCGUAGUGGGACUGAGUGGGACGACGGGAUUUGCCGAGUCGCACAUUGGUUGUCCGUCGAAAAGGACGAAGUCCAUGAAUUUAUACGGCUAAUAGAAAUCCUAGUUGCUGAUCUUUAUCAACGACAAGAAAUAGAAUAUUAGAAAUACUUUCCCAGCACCUUUCAUAUUUCUAUUCUCCAUUUACUAUUUCUAUUAAGUGUUAGUGUAACUACCCGUCCUCGUACAAGAACACGAUCAUCCCUUAGCGGAAGUUCUUGUCAUCCUUGUUGUAGACACACAAAAACACAACGAGCAUGCAUUUCUAAGAAUUACCGACAAGAACAGCGAGAGGGAGAGGUGCGAUGCGGUGUGCAAGUUGACUCCUAAGGCGAAAGAGCAUCUAGAAGACAUCUGGAACACGGUUUCCAAGAUUGCGGAUAUCACUAGCGACACACUAGGGGAAUCUGCGCCGAAUGACGACGCGCCAAUCAUGCCCGUAGAAGCAACGGAGCCGAUGGCUACUAACGCUCACAAGCCAGACUCAAAGACGAAAAAACGACCGUUUUACUUUUAAGGAAGAGUAAAACUAAGAGAGUCUACAACUGCUCCUAAUUUGAAUUUUAUUCACUUUUUAUCGACGUGGUCGUGGUCGUCUGUGAAUGCUGGUGGGGGGGACCUUCGUGAUUUCACAACAAGGGGGCGAACAUAUGGGAAAAGACAUCAUCAUCGAGGGAUGCACUCAACAAUAAACGAUGAAACUUCUGUCUUCUAACUUUUGCAUACGCAUAGCGGUUUGAGCCGGGUCAUCAGUGCCUACGAUGGUGUUUCAAACCUGCAAAUUUUGGGGGUACCCGUCCAGUACUGGAAGAAAGCAAAUUCUGACAAGACUGUCAAGAAUCCUUUUUUCACGGGCGAGACCGCUACCGCACUUUACAACGUAUUUUUCUGUUUUACUUUGGUUGCCUUCGUGUUAGGCUCAGUCAGGGCAAUGAGAUAUUGUUUUUUUGAUCAUUUACAAUUUUCUGUUCAACUUGAAGAUUUGUAUGAAGAUGAACUUGAACAUGAAAAGGAACGAAUAGUAUCCUGUAGUUCAUCUCGGGUUGCGCAUCUCAAGUACAUAAUGACUAUGCUCGCCCACUGCGCCACAGAAUCUGUGGUGUACUCUUGGUAGGCGAGACAUAACAUGAAUCUGAAAGCUAUUAUUUAUCACGUUUUUCAAAACCUAUACCCAGUUUCUUCGUGGCGGACUUCGCUGCCAUCCUGAUGAUCGCGAAAACAUUCGAGACUUAAUUCGACUCUUCAACGUCUUGAUCGACACGUAUGCCGGCAACGAAAAGGAAAACCAUGCCAAUAAUCCUGCUCGCAAGGAACAAAUUCUUGCUUUGAAGAUUCCGGAGAAGGAUCUUGAGCUAAGUGACCCUCAACAGGCCAUCAACGAGAAAACGAAAGCCAAAAUGAAAAAGGCCGUUCAGGAGUAUCAAAAGGCCAGGACAGACGUCGAGAAUCUCUCAGAUGAUGCGCAACUGGAGCAAGCAAGGACUGCAAUGAAGGGAGCGGUCAGCCACGAGCUUCAGGCCAGAACAACCGCAUUGUUCACAACGGCAGUCAAGAAAGUCGAGGACCAGGUCUACAAAAAAGGAAUGGAGAUUCUGUACAACAUCGUGCGUCGCAGUGAAAUCGGAGAAGCAGAAGAGACAGCGGAGUCAGAGACUCAGACGCAGACGGAGACCCCCGGCAAGGAAGAUGAGUAGAAGGGUCAUCGUACUCAUGAUUAGUCUGUUGACGCUUGUAAGAACAAGCAUGAAAUUAAAUGAAUUUGAUAGCAUUAUGAAAUUAAAAUUUUGAUGAAAUUAUUGGCAUUCACAUUAUCGGGAAGAGCAAGAGAAAACUCAGGAGGACAUGAACAGGAACACUGCUGAAUGAAUAUUUUGAACAUUUUGACUUAUUUCUGGUUUUAGCAUGAUGUUGAUGAAUCAUCUGAGUCAAUACAUUCACAUAAGUACCCACCCCAACAUCAAGAUUGUCAGCGAUGUGAACAAGAAGAAGCCGAUGAGAUCAGUCAUCGGCAGGCGAAG